ACAAGUUAACGAAGAUUGCUAGAUUUUUGCCUAUUAAAGUCACAUACUCGUUAGAUAUAUUAGCAAAAAUAUAUGUUGAUGAGAUAAUCAGUUUGUAUGGGACACAAAUUACUACUGAGAAAGUAAAGAUAAUUAAAGAAAAGUUAAAAACAGCCCAAGAUAGACAAAAGAACUAUGCAGAUAGAUGCAGAAGAAACCUUGAAUUUGAUAUUGGGGAUAGAGUUUUCCUGCGAUUGUCGUCAUGGAAAGGUGUUAUCAGAUUUGGUAAACGAGGUAAAUUGGGUCCAAGGUGUAUUGGCCCAUAUGAGAUUGUUGAAUGCAUCGGUCCAAUUGUGUAUCGAAUGGCUUUGCCAACAGAAUUGUCUAGAAUUCCCAAUGUAUUCCAUGUUCCGUUGCUUCGUAAGUAUAUUCCAGAUCCGUCUCAUGUUUUGGGAUCACAACCAGUAGAGCUGAAAGAAAAUCUCACCUAUGAAGAGGAACCAGCUCAGAUAUUGGACAGAAAGGAACCGAUUUUGCAUAGUAAGACUAUUCCCUUGGUUAAAGUUUUGUGGAGAAAUCAUGCCGUAGAAGAAACGACAUGGGAAAGUGAAGAGCAGAUGCAUUUUCAAUGUCCAUGA